UUUUGGGAAUCCCGCUGGCGGAUUCUACUUGGACCCGCAGCAUGGUGAUAAAGUACAAACAAAAUAAUAAUAAUAAUAAUUAUUCAGAGAAAAGUUUCAUAUUCCGCUGAGAGAAGUGCCAUCGGAGAAGGAACUGAAAAAAAAAAAAGCUUCAAGAGGAGGAGAGGAGUGGACACAGAGACAACCCUCACCUCAUGAGUCACAGCACCCACCCAGUCUGAGGAGGCAUUACUGCUGAUGGAUGGAGGAAGAAAGAGGGUACCGCAGUCAUCUAAUUUCACAAUCUGACAGCCACCACUCUUUCUAGUCUUGUGAUACAUGUGAGCAGGUAACAGGGAUGGCAGCAUCUAAAUACAAGCGUUCUCUUGAGAAAAAGAUCAAGUCAGAGCUCGCUGUGGUUGUCAGCAGCCUCAGGAAAGAGAAUACUUGCCUGAAAAGGUCCCUGGCUGAGCUGACCCAUCAACAGUCGCAGCAUAAUAGGCUGAUAGAGAGAUUCCUCUCCCUUGAAACCAUAAGGCUCGAGUGUUCCCUGGAGCUGAAGACAAAAGAUGAGAAAACUGUUUGCCCUGGUGACCAUCUGUGUAAAAAAGAAAAGAGCCCGAUGUAUGGAGUGAGUAGCAUAUCCCGUUACUCCAGAGAGAUUGAAGAAAUCGAGGACAAGCUUGAGGUCAUCUCAGCUAGGUGUCAGUAUCUCAAGAACAAAGUUACAGGGAAGCAGGACUCCACAGCUGACGAACAGGCUUCCAUGAGUAAUGAAGCUGUGGCAGAGCUCCAAAAUCAUCUCAGAGAUGCCUUGGAAAAAAACAAGCAGUGGCUGGAGUAUGACCAGCAGAGAGAGGCCUAUGUGAGAGCUAUUUUGGCCAGAAUGUUAUGGCUGGAGAAGCAGCUGAACGAAGCCAAUCAGGCCCGUUCACAGCAGCACAAUGAGGACCAUUCAGAUGAGAAAGAGAAAAUAAGCCAGAUGCAGGGGCAUUAUGAAAGACUCCUGCAGAAAGCCAAAGAUGAGCUGGAGGUACUGAGGGAACGAGUUGAAGUGACCCAACAAAACCUCAUGAUCACCCAAAAUUGGUGCAAGGAAAGAGAAAGGGAGGUGGAGGAGCUCGAGCAGCAGCUGAAAGCUGAAAGAAUGAGCAGAAGAAGCACACAGGAAGAUCAAAGUUGCCCUGAGGAUGAAGAGCAAGAGCAGACAGAUGAGAACAUAGACCUCCAAGGCAUGCUGGAUGAAGAGGGGAGAAGGUCGGCCAACGCUGAGCUGCAGGUCAAUCUCUUUCAAAGGUUUAUGUUAAAUCGUCACUAUGCAGACCAGGAAAAGAUUGCAGACCUGGAGCGACAGAUCAAGAUUUCUUCACAAGACCUUGAGGACGAGAGGCAGAAUUGUUCUUAUUUAAAGGAGCAAAUGGUUAAAGUUCUGAAGAUACUGCAAAAAUCAAAAGGCCGCGUGGCAAAACAGUCCAAGAGAGAGGAGCCGGAUCACAGCUCAGGUGAAACAAGCCCUCCCCUGUCCCCCCACCUCUCCAGACCCAGCCUGACAUCCUCCCCUCAAGUUAACGUGAUGAAUGAAAGCAUCCUGGAGUGUCCCAGCUGCCAGGCUGAGUAUCCAGUCAGUCACCACAGAGAACUGAUGAACCAUCUAGAAAUCUGUCUAAACUGAGCUGAGCCUGGGAGCUCUUUAGUUCUGCAUCUUUCUUUAAGAUAUAUUGGUUAUUAGAUGUAAGUUCUUUUAAUAAAUUAAAGUGAUGAGUUGUCUAAGUUCUGAUUCUCGAGUGAUUCCCUCAAAGUUUUGGUUAGACAUAUCACCAAAGAUGCAGCUAAAUUUGGAGCAAUAUCUGCUUCAUCCAGCACGGCCAAGCAGCUGCAGCUGCUCACAGCUCUUGGCAGCAAAUUGUUGCAGCAGCUUGAAAGAACUAAUUAACAAUAAAUGCAGAGUUACAUCUUCUCUGCAUUCUGUAGUAUUUGCAGAGUCUUUCCCUAAACUGGCAGAGUAUUAUCUGGAUUGAACUAGCACACCAGCUGUGCUGGGUGAGAAGGAAUGAAAAAAUAUUCCAAGGAAAUAAUACCAUACAUAUUUUAGUGCAAAAUAAACUGUUGGAAAAUUCCUUGAAAUUUGAUGUAGAUACUCUUUAGAUACUGUGCCCUGUGUAAUGAAUCCUACUGAUUUUGGUAGUGCCAAAAUCAACAUGAUGCAAAUUAGUUUUGGUUUUAACUGAAAUUUACAAGCAACAAUUUGAUGGUUUGAGUGUGGC